AUGCAAAGGGCAAACGCCCCGUGGCUGCGUAAUUACGCAAGAGUAAACGCAGAAGAAAAAGAUUGGGUGACGGAUCUAGUUAUUGUUGAACAAAAUCUACAAGAAUCUUCUGGCUAUAUGGACGAAUGGUUAGCCCGCCUAGUAAGUAAUCAUUUUUGCUAGUGUUGUACUAAUAUUCGCUGCCUGGUACUUUGCUGACGAUAACUGAACAGUAUUAUGUGAUUUUGGCGUCUUUGCAACCACUAUAAAAAGAACACGAAACACCCAGUGGCAGUACCUAAAGUUGCCUGUCGCUGUGGCAUUUGGCGAUUGAAUCAAUUGGCGUGAAGGUAUACCUUCACGUUACUUGUGAAUAUUCCAGUAGCGAGAAGAGAAAAGAAGAACGACGAACGCGGUAGCAAGAGA